CCCAGAAACGGCCCAAUCGCUUCUGGUCCCUGCUUCGCUGGCCUGCCCAUUUCUCCAACGUUUCGGUGGCUUACUCGGUCUCCGGGCAGGUGGUUACCAAUAAAGUUUUACUGUUUCAAAGCCGGGAGGACUGGGCCCAUUCUCGGUCCCCUUGCUCGCUGCCCACAGUUCGCCUCGGCUACGGGUAACCAGCUUUAGGGCCUCAUGGCCGCGGGCCGCCGCGGCCGUGCGGGGAUGAGGCCGCCUUUCGCUGUCCGCGCGCUCCCGUGGCUUCUGGGUCCGUCGGCGACCGUCUCAGCUUGAGCGCAGUCCCUCCACUCCCGCGGGCCGCUUCGCGCCGGACCCCAUGGCCUCUGAGGCGCCGCCGCCUUCGUUGUCGCCAUCGCCACCUCCCUCCCCCGAGCCUGAGCUGGCCCAGCUGAGGCGGAAGGUGGAAAAGUUGGAACGCGAGCUGCGGAGCUGCAAGCGGCAAGUGCGGGAGAUCGAGAAGCUGCUGCAUCACACAGAGCGGCUGUACCAGAGCGCCGAGAGCAACAACCAGGAGCUCCGCACCCAGGUAGAAGAGCUCAGUAAAAUACUCCGUUGUGGGAGAAACGAAGAUAAUAAAAAGUCUGAUGUAGAAGUACAAACAGAGAACCACCCUCCUUGGUCAAUCUCAGAUUAUUAUUAUCAGACAUACUAUAAUGAUGUUAAUCUUCCAAAUAAAGCAUCUGAACUCCCAGUUCAGGAAGAUCAGGAUAUCAAAGCUUCUACUUUUAAUUCUAAAGACCAGUCACACAUAGAAAAUGAUGCUUAUGCUGGUACUGAUAUAACAGAAAAUGUUAAUUGUGGACAAGAGGACCAUUUUGCCUCAAAUUCACAGGAGCCAGCAUCUGUGUUAGCAACAGAAGAUACAUCCUUAGAAGGUUCAUCACUAGCUGAAAGUUUGAGAGCUGCAGCAGAAGCUGCUGUAUCACAGACUGGAUUUAGUUAUGAUGAGAAUACUGGAUUGUAUUUUGAUCACAGCACUGGAUUCUAUUACGAUUCUGAAAAUCAACUAUAUUAUGAUCCUUCCACUGGAAUUUAUUACUACUGUGAUGUGGAAAGUGGUCGAUAUCAAUUUCAUUCUCGAGUAGAUUUGCAGCCUUAUCAGACUUCUGGCACAAAACAAAGUAAAGAUAAAAAAUUGAAGAAGAAAAGAAAGGAUCUUGAUUCUUCUACAACAAAUGAGGAAAAGAAUUUGAAUUCAGAAGAUCAAAAAACAUCAAGUAUUGAACAUAUAAGCUGCAGUGAGGGAGAAGAUUUUGCAAGUGUGAAAAAGAAGGCCAAAAUAGACAUUCAUUACAAAAAGAGUCCCCCCAAAUAUACUGUUCCAGUUAGCGCAAAGACUGUAGAAUCUCCUCUUGAUGAAAACAUUUAUAAUUCGGCUUCAUUUAAAGAUGAGAAAAUCAUAGACACUGAUAGUGAGCCUGAAGAAGGUGAAAUUACAGACUCUCAGACCGAGGACAGUUAUGAUGAAGACAUUACCAGUGAAGACAAUGUAACUGCAGAAGAUUCUGAAGAUGAAGAUGAAGAAAAAAUUUGGCCCCCAUGUAUUAGAGUAAUUGUAAUUAGAUCACCUGUGUUGCAGACAGGAUCACUUUUUAUCAUUACAGCUGUAAAUCCUGCUACAAUUGGAAGAGAAAAAGAUAUGGAGCAUACUCUCCGAAUCCCUGAAGUUGGUGUCAGUAAGUUUCAUGCAGAAAUUUAUUUUGAUCACGACUUACAAAGUUAUGUCCUUGUGGAUCAAGGCAGUCAAAAUGGUACAAUUGUAAAUGGAAAACAGAUUCUUCAACCCAAAACUAAAUGUGACCCUUACAUACUUGAGCAUGGAGAUGAAGUGAAAAUUGGAGAGACUGUGUUGUCCUUUCACAUUCACCCUGGCAGUGAUACCUGUGAUGGCUGUGAACCAGGGCAGGUUAGAGCUCACCUUCGUCUUGAUAAGAAAGAUGAACCUUUUGUUGGUCCAACUCUAAGUAAGGAGGAAAAAGAGCUGGAAAGGAGAAAAGAAUUAAAGAAAAUACGAGUAAAAUAUGGUUUGCAGAAUACAGACUACGAAGAUGAAAAGGCUUUGAAGAAUCCAAAAUAUAAAGAUAGAGCUGGAAAACGUAGGGAGCAGAUUGGAAGUGAAGGAACUUUCCAAAGAGAUGAUGCUCCUGCAUCUGUUCAUUCUGAAAUUACUGAUAGCAAUAAAGGUCGGAAGAUGUUGGAAAAGAUGGGUUGGAAAAAAGGAGAGGGCCUAGGGAAGGACGGUGGAGGAAUGAAAACUCCGAUCCAGCUUCAACUUCGGCGAACACAUGCAGGCUUGGGGACAGGCAAGCCAUCUUCAAUUGAAGAUGUUCACCUUCUCCAAAACAAGAGCAAAAAGAACUGGGAGAAAGCACGAGAGAGGUUUGCUGAAAACUUCCCGGAAACUAAAUCUCAGAAAGAUGCACCAGGGACUGUGCCUUGGGUCAAAGGGACUGUAGAGUGAAGGUCAGUCAUAGAACACAAAAGCUUUUUUAUAGAAUUUGGAAACUCUUGUUUAAUUGCAGAAAUUUUCUCUCCAAAAGAGUCAGUGGCAUGAGGGAACCGUGUCACAAUUUACCCGCUCUUGAUUCAGAAAUGUGUAAUAAAGUGUGGUUUGCAGUUUUGGUUUUUUUUUUUUUUUUCGGUAUGUGGGCCUCUCACUGUUGUGGCCUCUCCCGUUGCGGAGCACAGGCUCUGGAUGUGCAGGCUCAGCGGCCAUGGCUCACGGGCCCAGCCGCUCCGCCGCAUGUGGGACCCUCCCAGACCGGGGCACGAACCCGUGUCCCCUGCAUUGGCAGGCAGACUCUCAACCACUGUGCCACCAGGGAAGCCCUGGUUUGCAGUUUUUAAAAAACAUUUUUAAAAACUAAUAAAUAGUGACUGAAUCAAGUUAUGCUAUGAGUGGACUAAAGUUCACAGGGCACAGAUGAGCUUAUCAAGCUUUGUUACUUUAUUUUGUCAUUUGCAAGACCCAUAUAAGCAACUAGCCAUAUAAGCAAAAUUCAUGUAACCACUAACUUAAAUGUACAUUUGUCCUUGUCUCCUUAUAUUCUCCAUUAUUGUACGAUACAUAACAAAAGAAACAUCGAAAGUUUAUAAAAACAAUUCUGACUAUAUACAUCCUUGUUUAUGCCCUUUAGGACCUAGGUAGAAAAUGUUGAGAAAACAUGGGUAGUGGUGUAUAAAUGUUAUUAUAUUUGAAAUAACCCAAGUAAUAUUAUUGAAGAACUAAUGAACUGCUGACAUGUUGUAGAAAAUCAGUCUCAUUGUUUUCUUCUGUGAAGAAUCUGUUGAUUUGUACUAUAUAUUAAGCAUUUACCUUUGGUUUGUUUCAUAGCUGAAAUAUUUAGAUAUGAACAGUUGAGUACAGUAUUGAAAUAUUCAGUGUGCUGGCAUUUGUAGUUUUGAUAAAUCCCAUUGCUGGCAAUGGAGUUGUGCCAGAAAAAUCUGAUUUCUACUGCAGAAGGGUUACCUAGCCAAGGCCUCAAACUCAAGAUACUUUUUGAAAACGUCUUCAAAUGCAAUAAAAAACAUUAUAACAUCAAAAAGAAUGAUUCAUUGAACCAAUAAUUUAAACAUACUGGUCUGCUUUGAACUCAUGACCAGCCAGAAUUUUCCUCUGUAAAUUGGCAGCACAGUAAUGAAAGGAUGCCCUCAGAUUUUCGGAGACUGCGGUGCAGCUUUCUGAGUGCAGGUAUCACCGCUCUGCCCGUUAACACUGUUCUUUUCCUUUCUGUUCAACUUUUCUCUCAGGUUUUUGCUGGGAAAUCAAUGCUGGAACUGAUCUUUUCUCAUAGUGAAUAUAAGCUAUAUAGCUCCUUCAUCUACUAUAAAGAAAUGUCUUCAAGAUAUAGAAAUAGGAAAGGAAAAUUCUGGGAAAAAGUAUGCAGUGGGGAAGAUAAUUCAGAAAGAAAGCUACCUGUUGGAGUUUCUAGUCUUAAUGUACAGGGUACUUAGGAAGAAAGGGCGGUGUGGAAAGAAAAAUAAAUAUAUUACUAAAGAUGAGACAUAUGACCAAACAAUUGUCAAGUUAUUAAAGGCCUAAGAUAGGAAAAACAGAGGUCCUAUAAUUCUAAAAAUCUAGAUUAAGUAUUUUUCUGUAUCCUUUUUGGCCACUUACAUACCCUAACACAUACACAUAUAUGUACAUUAGACUUGGAGGCACUAGGAGUGUCCUGCAUUAUUUUCUCUAAAGUAGAAAAAUUACUCAUCUAAAUGUGGUUCUGGUGCCGGUGCCCUACAUAUAGGUAACAAUAUAGGACCCUCAGAGUAAACUUGCUUCUGGUAGAUCUCAACUCAUUGGGUUAGUAUACAACUGUCUAUGUAAUAUUUCCCAUUUUUAUUACUAGAUUGUGGAAAACUUUUUCAUUGUUUUCUUUUGUUAAGAAAAUGGAAACUUGAAAAUGGUGAUAAAAAUUGAAAUAUAUGUGAUAUUUGCUUUAUUAAAACCCUUUGCAGAUCUAAAGUCUCAGGGCUAUACUAUACUGGUUAAAGCACUGAAUAAUGAAAAUGUCUGGUUCUAUUUCUACCUGUGAAAUGAGAAUAUUUAACUCACAUGUUUGUCUUGAAUAGAAAAUGGGAAAAUGUAUGUAAAAGCACUUUGUAAAUUGUAAAAGUAGUACAGAUGUGAGCUUCUGUUUGUUUAGAAGCAUAAAUAUGGAUUAUGUACAAUUUGAAUUACACAUAAAGUUGUUUUGCGUCUAAUA